AUGGUGAAGGUAGAUGUGCAUAUUUCACCAUGUCAUCGGUAUAUAAGCCAGAUCAAGAUAGAUGCAGAGACAACUACUACUUAUUUAGAGAUAAUUGAUGUUUCAACUAAACGGCAGCUUUGGAAAUUCGAUUUGCAUUCGGUUUUGAGAAAGGAAAAGGUAAAAGUACGCGUCGAUGAGGUGAUUCAAGUUAAACAAACUCAAUGGGAAGGCAUACAAGUAGGAUCUAGGAGUACGAAAUUGGCAGUCUUGGUUGAUAGGUACUCAAUGGUGCUAAUAUUUGAUGUUCGGGAUGCGCACUCGCGUAUAAUCGUAAUUAAACAGAAUUUCAGUGAAGGGAUUGAAUCAUUUUUAUGGAUCCCACCUGCAGAUACAGCUAGUGGUGGUGGCGGUGGUGAUGGUGAUGGCGGUGGUGGUGGUGAAGGCGGCAAAAGUAGUUACAUGAAUUGUACUCAAUUGUUGAUUUUCGCCAAAAACAAUCUCAGUGCCAAAUUGUAUUCUUUGGAUUGUCCUAAGAAGUUAUACACCAUUCAUAAACCCUUGAGCAAUUGCAUCCUAUGCAGUCGCAAUGGUCGUAUCCAGUAUUGGUCUAUAAUUGCAGAUACAAUGGAGUAUAAUGUGCCACCCACUAUAUACCAGUUUUAUAAUAGUGGACUGACGAGUACACUUGUUGCCAAGUGUAAACUACUGGCUUUUCUUACUAAUGAAGCAACAAUAGAUUGGUCUCAUAGUGGAAGCUGGCUCCUGAUUUUGGAUGGGUCUGAUAAGCUUCUGGGAUACAGUUUGAAAAUUUAUGGAUCUUUGUCUAUUGGGGUUUUGGAGCCGACUCUUGAUAUAGAGUUAAGCGAAAAGGAAGAUACUUUUGGUGAGCGUUUGAUGAAAAUAUACAAUGAUAAAUUUCGGAGCAAUUGGGUCAUAUUCAAGGAAAAAGAGUAUUUGCUAAUAUCCAAUAUACUAAACGGUUUUAUUGAAAUACAAGUAGUUUCUAUUGACUUGCUCCGGAUUGUGCAACUUCAAAAUUUGGAAUUGACCAGUUUAAGAGGAUGGAUCGAGACAGAUUGGAAAGUUGAAAUUUGUAAUCAUUUUGCAGCACCAAACAGACUAGCUAUUAGUUUAUUACUGGUUAGACGCGAUAAUCUUAUGUUCAUUAUCCUCAAUGACGUUUAUUGUCUUUGUUACAAAAUUCAUGCGCACGAGUACAAACUCAGUUUUGAGUAUAUUACUAUGCUCAAAACUAAAACUCCAAUCAGUUUUAUUGAAAAAGCACAACUGCCUAGUAAUGAUUUGUUCAUAAUUACAAAGAGAGUAAUAUUCAAAUAUGAAGAAGAAGACGCGUCAUUCAAGAUUGUUGCAACUACUCUGAGAAAUAUUCAAUCAGUUGCAUUCCUUUCAAGCCAAGAUUUUGUUGUGAUUUACUCAGAUUUUUUUGGAGGAAAACAGUGGGAAAAGUUGAGGUUAUCAGCACCUUCUCUAGGGGACACACAAAACACCACAUCAAAUAGUUUAUUUACACAAGAGGAUAUAACGGAUACCUUUCAUAUGCAGAAAAAGUCAAAGGCCAAGUAA